AUAAUCGAGACAAGAAGCUAAAAGCGUGGAUGAUCUGAUUUGACUUUGCGUAAAAAAAACAGAAUUUUUUAAAACUUACUUCGCAAGAACUGUUUUAAACUUCUAGAUUAGGAAUGGAUAGUUGUAACCACAAUCCCAAAAUGAAGAAGCGUUAUGCUGUCCACGGUCUAGGUGUUACGGAUGAGGAGAAGGCUUAUAUGCAGAAAACACAAGGCACAGAAUGUAGCAGUAACAUAUCACAGUUGUCCAAAACACGAGUGUUCUUCUUGAAUUUAUCAUGGUUUGGAAUGAAUGUUAUGUAUCUAAUACUGUCCGUAGAAGUUGUCCCAAGUCAAGUUCAAUCUCUAGUUGGUUCAGAGAUUAAAGGUCAAAUAUUUGGUGCCAUGGUAGCAGCAGGAGCAGUUGUCACUUUCUUUAUCAGCCCAUUGAUUGGAAUUAAAAGUGAUCGUUUUGCAUCUCCUUAUGGUAAAAGACGACCAUUGAUGGUUGCUGGUACCGUCUUAUUAGUAAUAAGUCUAUUUGGUAUGGCAUUUAGUGCUCCUGGAAGUAAAAGAGUAAAAGCUAAUGCUACUUGUUCCAUUGAUCUGGAAGUGAGGAGGUGUGCAUCAUACUACGCUAACAACAUCACAAUGUUACAAAGUUUAGAACCCAAUAGAACGUAUGAAGAUCCCAAUGUGCUUCUUGCAUUGAUGUCAGACAAACCAACGAAUACUGGUAGUCUAGGGUUGUACUUCGUAUUUUAUCUUUGUGUUAUGGCAUGUUACGCUAUGAUGGCAGUACCAUAUAAUGGUCUCAUAGCAGACCAAACACCGCCAUCGCAAAGAGGUUUUAGUUCCGGUGUUAUGGGAGCUAUGACGUUAUGUGGUAAUGUGGCUGGAGCAAUCAUAGGUUUCUUCUUUACAAGAAUUGGGGUUGUUCCAACAUAUGCAAUGAUAUCUGGUCUUUAUUUUUGCUGCGUGAUGAUAACUGUUUGCUCUUGUCCAGAAAAAAGAACUUAUGCACCAAAAAACUCACUUGAUAUUAAGACGAUAUUUUGUGCUUAUUGGGAGCCAUUAAAAGAGCAUGACUUUCGUUGGGUGUUUUUCACAAGAUUUUUAAUGCAACAGGGAGUCGCCACUGUAGUGGGUUUCUUAGAGUAUUGGUUAGGUGAUAUGGUCGAAUUACCAGGUUGUUGGUCACCAGAAAAAGCUGUUGCAGUUAUAUUGUUACCACUUCUUCUCUCUGCAGCUGUGUUUUCUGUUGUUGGUGGUUUUCUAUCCGACAAACUGCGAAAAAGAAAACCACUGGUUAUUGGAUCAGCUUUGCUGAUGGCUGUAUGUUCGCUCAUUUUGUCUGGUUUACAGGGAAAAUAUGCAUUUUAUGCAGUUAUUCCAGUUUCAUUAACAUUUGGUAUUGGUUUUGGCGCGUAUUCCGCGGUGGAUUUUGCACUUGUUAUGGAUGUCUUACCGGAUGAGAAAGAUAAGGCAAAAGAUUUGGCUGUAUGGCACCAGGCACUUGUCUUACCGCAGGCAAUCGCUACUCCAAUAGGCGGAAUUGUAUUGGAUGGUUUUAAUCACGUGAGCUGUCGCUGGGGAUUGGGAUAUAUAAUACUAUUUCUAAUCACUUGCGUCUACUUCGCUAUAAGCGCGUACUUAGUUCGCUUUAUUAGAAAAGCGAAGUAGAUUUUUUUCAUCGUAGCAGUUUUCGAACUUAUGAGAACCAAUGUAAAGGCCGACUUCAGUUUAAGGAUCUGAGGCGAAUCGUAAAUGGAAGACCAUACCAUUUUCGAAAUAUGAUAAAGUAAAAGUACCAAUGUAACAAUUGUUUCUUUAUCUUAGAUGGUCUAAGGUAACUUUUGGGCAUGCUUUGAAAUUCCUACCAAAAUUAAUUAUAUUACCACCUCGCCCCCAACUCCACCACACACCCUUCUCCCUCCUGCAUUUCGGACUAAUGUACUUAUGGUACUCAAAACUUUUCUUAUAUUCUUUUUUUAACUGGAUGAGCUGUUUUACUUUAUAAUGUUAUUUUUUAUACGAAACUAGUUUAAAACUAGAAUUUAUAUGAGGAGACCAUUUAAAGAUUUUUUAUCGUAAAUAUUAUCACAGCUUGAUGCUUAUUGUAUAUUUAAUUUUUUUGUUAUUUCAUUUUUUAUUUAUUUACAUACAACUUUUUUUACUGUAAAAUCUGAGAAUAAAAAUAUUUAUCCACAAAUAAUAUAUAUAUAUAAGGUUAUAAACAGUCUGCGCUCGUUAAGUGGAAACAUAUGUGACUGGGUAAAAUGGUUCCACUUAUCCAAUGCUCCACUUAUCCGGUGUUCCAAUUAUCCGAAGAAAUUAAGAGAGUUUGAUAAGGGAAAUCAAGGGACUGGGGAAAACGGUUUCACUUAGUAAAAGUUCCGCUUAUGCGUGGUUCUACUUGUCGAGCGCAGACUGUUUAUAUUUAAGGUUCUGUAUAAUAUUUUUAAAAAAGAAAAAGAAAAAAACGUUGAGCAAUG